AUAAAUGUAAAAUCGGGUAUUUCUGAGAAUUAGAUCCAUCUCAGAUUCCGACCAUUCUUCACUGUUGCUGGAAUAAUUUAAUCAACGAGAAUGGGAGGUGGUUUUAGAGUGCUCCAUCUGGUCCGGCCUUUCCUUUCGUUUCUACCGGAGGUUCAAAGUGCAGACAGGAAGGUUCCGUUCAGAGAGAAGGUUAUAUACACUGUCAUAUCUCUGUUCAUUUUCCUCGUCUGCAGCCAGCUUCCUUUGUAUGGCAUACACUCUACAACUGGUGCAGAUCCAUUCUAUUGGAUGCGUGUCAUUCUUGCCUCAAACAGAGGCACAGUGAUGGAGCUUGGAAUCACCCCAAUUGUGACAUCUGGACUGGUUAUGCAACUCUUAGCGGGUUCAAAAAUCAUUGAAGUCGACAACAACGUGCGAGAGGACCGAGCCCUCCUAAAUGGAGCACAGAAGUUACUGGGCAUCUUAAUUGCGGUAGGUGAGGCUGUUGCAUAUGUUCUUUCUGGAAUGUAUGGCAGCGUGGGCCAACUUGGAGUUGGGAAUGCAAUCCUUAUUAUUCUGCAACUCUGCUUUGCGGGCAUUAUAGUUAUUUGCCUGGAUGAGCUUCUCCAGAAAGGAUAUGGACUUGGAUCUGGUAUUUCACUCUUCAUUGCAACCAAUAUUUGUGAAAACAUCAUUUGGAAAGCAUUUAGCCCAACUACUAUCAACAGUGGGCGUGGAGCUGAAUUUGAAGGUGCUGUCAUUGCUUUGUUCCAUUUGUUGAUAACUCGGACCGACAAGGUUCGUGCUUUGCGAGAGGCAUUCUACCGGCAGAACCUUCCCAAUGUCACAAACUUGCUGGCCACUGUCCUGGUCUUCCUUAUUGUCAUUUACUUCCAAGGGUUCCGUGUCGUUUUGCCAGUGAGGUCAAAGAAUGCUCGGGGGCAACAGGGUUCUUAUCCUAUUAAGCUAUUCUACACUUCGAAUAUGCCCAUUAUUUUGCAGUCUGCCCUUGUAUCCAACCUCUACUUCAUUUCCCAGUUGCUGUAUAGGAAAUACAGUGGAAAUUUCCUUGUAAACCUUCUGGGAAAGUGGAAGGAAUCUGAAUACUCUGGUCAAUCUGUUCCUGUUGGGGGUCUUGCUUAUUAUAUAACUGCCCCAUCAAGCAUGGCAGAUAUAUUGGCCAAUCCUUUUCAUGGAUUGUUUUACAUCGUAUUUAUGCUGUCAGCUUGUGCUUUAUUUUCAAAAACGUGGAUUGAGGUCUCGGGAUCCUCAGCCAAGGAUGUGGCAAAGCAGCUGAAGGAACAACAAAUGGUGAUGCCCGGGCAUAGAGAGUCGAAUCUGCAGAAGGAGCUAAACCGUUACAUUCCCACUGCUGCUGCAUUUGGCGGGAUAUGCAUUGGUGCGCUGACAGUCUUGGCAGAUCUCAUGGGCGCAAUUGGUUCCGGCACAGGAAUUUUGCUGGCAGUUACCAUUAUAUACCAGUAUUUCGAGACGUUCGAGAAGGAGAAGGCCAGCGAACUUGGUUUCUUCGGUUUCUGAUGACAUUCCACUGAGCUAGCUAGUUACUUGACUGAAACUUUUCAAUUUUGGUUAGCUGAGGAAUGUAAAGAACAAAAAUCCCUGUUCACACCUUGGAGAAUUCUAAUGGAGAUUUAGUUGAGCUUUUGCUUGUUCA